AUGUAUGCACACACCAACACCCCAUUCUCACGCGCCGCCACAGCAUCACCCCUUCCCUCCUCGCCUUCCCCAUCAAUGCACAACCUCUUCUCCGAACUCAGCGAGUUCGACUCGCUGCACGAGACUCUCCCCCAACUCAACAACUCGGAGGUGAGUUACAAUAAUAACAACAGCUGUAGCAGUGGUUAUAGCAGCUAUACUGGGUCACCAACUUCUCUGGUUAGUCCCACCUUUAUGCAGAGGAGCGUUAGCAGCCAUUCCCUUCACAGGAAUGGGACCCACCACCCUCUUUCUGCUCUGUUCUCUGAGUUGUUCGACUCGGAGGACUCUCCGGUGAGGAAAGUGUACAGUACCAGUGAUCUUCAGAGGAUUAAUGGAAUACAGCGUAAUCAUUACUCGGAUAGUCCAUUGUCAAGCGAAAGCAGUAUGAUCAUAGAAGGGAUGAACAGAGCCUGCCGAUAUAGCCCGGAGGAGAAGAAGGUGAGAAUUGAGAGAUAUAGAAGCAAGAGGAACCAGAGGAACUUCAACAAGAAAAUUAAGUAUGCAUGUAGGAAGACAUUGGCAGACAGCAGGCCACGCAUCAGAGGAAGGUUUGCUAGGAAUGACGAAAUUGACAAGAACCCUCCAAUUCAGUGGAGCCACAUUGGUGUUGGAGAGGAAGAAGAUGUGGAAUGUGAGAAUUGGGUCAGUAUCUUUGAUUCCUUAGUUGCUGCAAAUCUUGCUCAGGAGUCUCAAGACAGUUCCUCCUUUGGUCUAUUGUAUUAGAAGAAUUUCAUGUUUGAUAAGUUUAGCUAGUUUUUUUUUUUCUAAAUGUUAUUUUUUUUUUUUUUGGAAAUAUUACAAUCGGUUCAUUGCUUCGCAACUAAUCCGAUUCGGGGCGGGUCUAGGAUUAAGGCUUUAAACCCCUCCCAAAGGUGGUACUGGAGAGAUUCGAACACAUGCUCUCACCCCCACCUGCUUAGCUCUCAUGCGCCAACUGAGCUACCACCAUUUGGUUUCUAAAUGUUAUUAUUAUAUAAGUGUUAUGGUGCUCUUUAGUUUAGAUCAAAAUAGUAAUGUAAAUAUAGUUAUUUGAGUCAUGUCCAUGUGACAAUAUGCAAUUUGUAGACUUUAAU